AUUACACAAUGAAACUCAACAUGGCCAAGCUCAUCUUCUUCUUUCUCUUUCUACUCCUUUCCUUCUUCACAACUUUCUCCAUUGAUACUUCAUGUCCUAUGGAUCUCAGCUACGUCCAAACUUACCCCUGGGACAAAUCUUUGUGCCUGCAGGAUCCUAAUGGAACCAACUGCUGCCAAGCUCUGCUCAGUCUUAUGGGCAUGGGACUCGCCCAACACCUGAGAGACACCUCCAAUUUUGAUCUAGCGAAUCUAAAUGUUUCCUUCUCUUGCUUAACCAAAUUCCAAGACAAACUCUCCGCCUUGUCAAUCGAUCCGGCUGUAGUCCCUUUUUGCUUCAAGAACUACACCCAGUUCGUCACCAACACUUCCAGCUGCGCCGGAAUCCAAACGAAAAAGGAUUGGAUAGAGAAGGCCGGUCAAGUAACCCCAUUAGACACGGCUUGCAAGAAUAUGACUGGACUAACUCAGUGUACUGCAUGUCUUGAUGCUGGCUACACAGUCACUUCUCAGCUGGUAGGAUUAGCACCAAAUUCGACAAAAUGCUUUUACUUUGCUAUUUUGUAUGCUGCAGGAAUUCUUAAUGAUCCCAAGGAUCCGAACGCUGCUGCUUGCAUACUAGGAUUGUCUUUAGCAGCAAGCAAUCCAUCGAUGAGUCGCGAAAGCAUAAUCAAAUUAGCGUUUGCACUAUCUGGUGCUGUUACUGGUGUUUUGCUGGCUUUUGUGAUUAUCAUUGUGUACAGGAAGUGGGAUAAGAAAAGGAAGAGAAAUGCUUUGCAUGAUGAAUUUGUCAGCAGUUUUAAGGCCAGUGUUUUACCAAACUGUGGCGCAAAAUGGUUCCAUGUAUCGGAGCUUGAACGUGCCACAAACGGAUUUUCUCAGAGAAAUAUGAUAGGCCAAGGAGCAUCUGGGAUUGUUUACAAAGGAACUCUCUCGGAUGGAACUUCGGUUGCCGUGAAACAAAUCCUUGAUUUGGACUCAAAAGGCGAUGAAGAGUUCAUCAAUGAAGUUGAGAUCAUAAGCAAAAUAAGGCACAGAAACCUUCUUUCUCUUCGAGGCUGCUGUGUCACAAGCGAUAACUUGAAAGGUAAAAGAAGGUUUCUUGUUUACGAUUUCAUGUCUAAUGGUAGUCUCAGUGACCAUCUGUCCAAUAACCUGACGAGAAACAACUUAACAUGGCCUCAACGCAAGAAAAUCAUCCUCGAUGUGGCUAAAGGACUUGCAUACUUACACUAUGGACUCCAACCCGCCAUUUAUCACCGAGACAUCAAGGCCACAAACAUACUCUUAGACUCAGAACUCAAAGCCAGAGUUUCAGAUUUCGGAUUAGCCAAACAAAACUUAGAAGGCCAGUCUCACCUCACCACAAGAGUUGCCGGCACACACGGCUAUUUAGCACCAGAGUACGCUCUUUAUGGACAGUUAACAGAGAAGAGCGACGUGUACAGUUUUGGAAUUGUGAUUCUUGAGAUAAUGAGCGGGAGAAAAGUGCUGGACACAUCUAAUUCAUCGUUCCUUUUGAUCACAGACUGGGCAUGGACGCUUGCAAAGUCUGGAAAAGUGCCAGAAAUUUUCGAAGAGUCAAUAAGAGAAGAAGGGCCGAAAGGGGUGAUGGAAAGGUUUGUUCUUGUGGGGAUUCUUUGUGCACAUGUUAUGGUGGCGUUCAGGCCUACCAUUGCUGAAGCUUUGAAGAUGCUUGAAGGUGAUAUUGACAUUCCGAGAUUGCCAGAGAGGCCAUUGCCGCUUAGUCAUGAGUCGUUUAGAUCUUCUUUGUGGCAAAGUACGUCAAGAAACAGCUCAAGGAUGUCAAUUGUGUAGUGCAUCGCCAGCUACCUUUGUAAUUUGAUUGCAAAAUGGAAAAUUCUUGUUGGGUUCGAUAAGCUUUGGACUUUGAAGUUUCAAAUCAAUAUUUUAAACACAAAUAUUUUACAAUGUAAUUACGUGUAGAAGAUGGAAUAGUUAAAAUUGAAAGAGGAGUUUGAUUCUCUUUA